AAAAGAGAGAUGGCUGGUUGUACUUUUAUCCUGAGGGUCACUAAUGGUCAGGUUGGGAAUCGAAAACUGUGCUAUCCUGAGGCUGUCAGCGCCCAUUAAGGAGCAAUAUGCCAAGGAGCAUGGGCUGGACCUGGGGAAGCUGCUGGGGGCCAGUGAGUACAAGGAGCGAUACCGAGAGGAUAUGAUCCGCUGGGGCGAGGAACAACGCACCAAAGACCCCGGCUGCUUCUGCCGUUUCGUUGUCCAGGAUGUGGCACAGCCUGUCUGGGUAAAGAGCCCUCACCACAAGUUUAUAAACACGUCCUGA